UGUAAGCCGCGUCCACCGUCUCCGCUGCCGUUGCCGGGAGCCAUCCCAGUGGGGGCCAAGUCACAACUGCCGUGCGUUUCACGGAAGCGUAAAAGUGGGUCCUGCCACGCUCGGAGCACCCGGCGCCUGACCCGGCUAUCGCUGGAGAACGCGUCCUGUAGUGCCCACGGCUUGGGGCGGGACGGGAGCCCCCUUGCAGGGGGCAGCCCAGAGAGAACCUGCUGCGGCCCGAGCGGUAAAAAUUAUUGACUGAAACAGCUUACCCAGGCACCAUCUAACAUGUUGAGAAGAAGAUUUGAUUGUCGAAGUAUUUCAGGCUUACUCACUGUAACUCCUCAAACACCAAUUAAAAUGGAAAACUUUGAUACUUUUUAUGUGCUAACAUCUACAGAGCUGGGAAGAGGAAAAUUUGCUGUGGUUAGACAGUGUAUAUCAAAAACUACUGGCCAAGAAUAUGCUGCAAAAUUUCUUAAAAAAAGAAGAAGAGGACAGGAUUGCCGAGCAGAGAUUCUCCAUGAAAUUGCUGUACUAGAAUUAACAAAGUCCUGUCCUCAUGUGAUUAAUCUUCAUGAAGUCUAUGAAAAUACAAGUGAAAUCAUUUUGGUAUUGGAAUAUGCUGCAGGUGGAGAAAUUUUCAACUUGUGUUUACCUGAGCUGGCUGAAAUGGUUUCUGAAAAUGACAUUAUCAGACUCAUUAAGCAAAUACUUGAAGGAGUUUGUUAUCUACACCAGAAUAAUAUUGUACACCUUGAUUUAAAGCCACAGAAUAUAUUAUUGAGCAGCACAUACCCUCUAGGGGAUAUAAAAAUUGUAGAUUUUGGAAUGUCUCGAAAAAUAGGCAAUGUAUGUGAACUUCGGGAAAUCAUGGGAACACCAGAGUACUUAGCUCCAGAAAUCCUGAACUAUGAUCCUAUCACCACAGCAACAGAUAUGUGGAAUGUUGGGGUAAUAGCCUAUAUGUUGUUAACUCAUACAUCCCCAUUUGUGGGAGAAGAUAACCAAGAAACAUACCUCAAUAUUUCUCAAGUUAAAGUAGAUUAUUCAGAAGAAACUUUUUCAUCAGUUUCACAGCUGGCCACAGACUUUAUCCAGAGCCUUUUAGUAAAAAAUCCAGAGAAAAGGCCAACAGCAGAAAUCUGCCUCUCGCAUUCAUGGCUACAACAGUGGGACUUUGGAAACUUGUUUCACCCUGAAGAAACAAGCUCCUUUCAGAUUCAGGAUCAUACAGUACGGUCCCCUGAAGACAAGAAUUCUAAAUCCUCUUGUAAUGGAACAUGUAGUGAUCGGGAAGAUAAAGAGAAUAUCCCGGAGGAGAGCAGCAUGGUUUCCAAAAGAUUUCGCUUUGAUGACUCACUGCCCAAUCCCCAUGAACUUGUGUCAGAUUUACUCUGUUAGCACUUUUAUCUUUGACUCAUGUGGACUGAAUUUGGAAUUUAAAAUUCAUUUCAGUGUCAGAUUGUAGUUCCCAACGUUGUAUAUGGAAUGUUUAUAUUAUAAUGCACUUUUGCAUAAAAGAAUUUAGGAAAGCACUUGAAUGCUAAAUUACUACUUACUAGUAUCACUUCAUCUCCAUUCACAAGGGAUAAACUCUGUGGAAGAAUAUAUUUAAAUAUAUGGCCAAAAAAUUGUGUGUGUGAGUCCACAUGUUAAUGAAAAAAUCAAGAAAAAUUGGAUUUUUCAAAACAUUUUACAUAUAUAGAAAAAGCGGUUUGAGUUAUAUUGUGGUUGAUAUAAACUGAGCAAAAGGAAGAAUUUAAUAGGCUAACUAAGUUAAGUCCUAUAUCAGGCCUCUGUUGACAAAAUUUUAUUUAAGGUAGCAGUGCCACGCUUAGGUAAAAAUAUAUAAUAUUUUAUAUAUGAUCUAGAGACAUUUUACAUUUGAAAAUGGUUUUCUAUCAUGUAUAUUUUAAAAUUGCAUAUGUUUUCCACUAUAUAUAGCCUGCUAUGUGAAUGGUCUUUUGAGCCAGAGUAAGGGAGGGAUUAGAAACCUAUCAGGGAGACUCAGUAAAAGUUGGAGCAGAGAAAAAAAAGUGCUACUUUUUAAAAAGUCCUCUGCAAGAUGGGAAAUAGAUUUGGUACAAGUGUAAAGGGCUUCAUCCUCUAGAAUUUCUGGGGUAAAGUAUACAUAAAGGGUAAAACCGAGUACUAUUUUUAGUCAGUCAUAUUUCUUAAGAGUAGAAGAAAAUACUGGUAGACAGGCAACUUACAGAAUUUUAGAUGUCUUCUAAGUCUUAGUAUACAAACCAAUCAUUUAAAGAUCUAAAAAUAUUCAUAAAAAUACCACAGCACCAUUAGUACUUUUAACACAGAGCAGUCAGCAAUAUGAGUCAGCAGGUAAGUAUCAUCAUAGGAUAUAGUGACAUCCAGCUCUUCUGAAAUUCUUGUAUAAAAUUCUUAAUGACUGAGGAGACUCACCUACAAAAUGGCCUUUAAUGGCCUUUUUGCUAGGACUAAUGUGAAGAAUUUAGGAGAACAGAUAGUAUGAAUAUGCCUGUGCCAUAUUUAGCCCUCAUCGGGGGAAAUGUACUCCUUUUUGGGUGUUUGAUGACUUGGUACCUGAUAACUAUUUUAAAAAUAUGCUGUUAUAAUAUUAGAAUAAUUAUAAUCUCAUGAACAUUUUACUGUAUCAAAAGAAAUGGUUUGACUAAAAAUAUCUUUGAAUUUCCUCCCUUUGAAUUAUACAUUACUCUGACAACUGUUAGCAACUUGAAACUUUGAUAAGAUCCCAGAUAACUUUAAAUCAUUUUUAAUAAUGAUUUAAUCAGGUUGCUUUAUUUGGCCAAAUGGUGAAUGACUUUUUUUAUCCCCAGUAUUUUUUAAAGAAGAG